UCACACACACACACACACACACACACACACACAAGAAAAAAAAAUCACUUCCGGGAAGUUAAAGCCACACUUUCUCUGCUAUUCUCGCUGCAACAUGGAAGCUGCCAGCAGAAUGGCUGAGCCGGUUUCUGGGGAGCUGGUAUCGGUGGCCCAUGCUCUUUCUCUUCCGCAGUCCUACGGCAACAAUCCUGAUAUUGAGAUGGCUUGGGCUGUACGAGCAAUGCAGCAUGCUGAAGUCUAUUACAAACUUAUUUCAUCAGUUGAUCCACAGUUUCUGAAACUCACCAGAGUAGAUGACCAAAUUUACUCUGAGUUCCGGGAGAAUUUUGGGAACCUCAAGGUAGAUGUAUUGGACCCGGAAGAACUCAAAUCUGAAUCAGCUAAAGAGAAGUGGAGGCCAUUCUGUUUGAAGUUUGAAGGGGUUGUAGAAGACUUCAACUAUGGUACUUUGCUACGACUGGAUUGUUCCCAGGGCUACACUGAGGAAAACACUAUCUUUGCCCCCAGGAUUCAAUUUUUAGCAAUUGAAAUAGCCCGGAACCGUGAAGGGUACAACAAAGCAGUUUCUGCCAAUGUUCAGGACAAAGAAGGAGCGAACGAAGCUGUGAGUGGAGAAGAGAAAGAUGAAAAUGUUGUUGACAGUGGAGAAAAAGAGGAAGAAGUCAACAGUGAGGGAGAAAAAUAGAAAACUAUCCAAGGUGGAGAAAAGAGAAGUCAAGAAAGACAUCAAGUGGAGUAUCUGAGAAAGGCAGACAGGGAGCAGCACUGCAGGCACAUGAGUCUGCUGAGCCCAUAAGUGUCACUGUGCUGUCUGUAGAGACCUCUUUGGUUAAAUGUCCUUGUGUUAUCUGAGGAUCCAGAAGGAUCUUUCUAGCCAAAUAAUCAUGAGCUUUCCUGGGUAUUCCUCUGUCUAAA